AAUAUACGAUCUGGUGAUCACAUUUAUAUAAAUUUGGACCAUCGUCAUUGGAUUAAAAGUCAAAUUUCAUAAUGUCAACGACUUUGCGACCGUAUUUAAACGCAGUUCGAGCGACAUUAAAUGCCUCGAUGUGUUUGGAGAAUUUCAACUCACAAGUUGUGGAACGUCAUGUUAAACCAGAGGUUGAAGUAAAAACAAGCAAAGAACUUCUAUUAACACCACUCGUAAUUGCACGAAAUGAAAAAGAAAAAGUUUUAAUUGAAUCAUCCAUUAACUCCAUUCGCGUCAGUAUUGCUGUCAAACAGGCAGAUGAAAUUGAACAAAUUCUGUGCCAAAAGUUCAUGAGGUUUAUGAUGAUGAGAGCUGAGAAUUUUGUUGUUCUACGAAGAAAACCAGUUGAAGGAUACGACAUCAGCUUCCUCAUCACCAACAUCCACACGGAGCAGAUGCUCAAACACAAACUCGUUGACUUUGUGAUUCACUUCAUGGAGGAGAUCGAUAAAGAAAUAAGCGAGAUGAAACUCUCUGUGAAUGCAAGAGCAAGAAUCGUAGCAGAAGAAUUUUUAAAAAAGUUUUGAAACAUUCCAUGAGGUGCCCACUCAAAUCACUGCACUCGCAAACAAAUUUCAACAAGAUUUUAUUAAAAGUUUUGCUAGAGCAAAAUCUUUGCCUGAUGCACUUGUGUAACUGUUUGCAGCUUUAUUUGUUCUGCAGCUGCUGUAUAUUAAUCAAGAGCAGUCAUAAUUAAACCUAUCUCAUAAUAAUGAUUGCUAUCCAUGACCAGUUAUAUUGAAUUCUUAUCACAAUUAAAUGUUACUGGUCAAGUUUAGUUUGGUAAAUUUUCCAUCAUACCCAGCGAUUUUGGUUCUGAAAUUUUAAAGUCCUUUUUUGCCGUAUUUAAAUUAAUUUCGAAUAUGAUUAUGUACGCAGUGUAACGAUGUAUAUAUAUGUGAUAUUAUAAUGGUCAAAGUC